UUUACUUGGCUUGCUUUCUGGAUUCUAGGCAUUCAGCAAGCAGCAUAGUAAGAGGGGAAGUUAAAAUGAAGAUGACAUGGAAAAAGAAGAGCGGCAAGAAGCGAGUAGCAAUUCCAAAUCUUCCCUUCGAAGACGAUGAAGAGCAAGAAACACAUUCAAAUCUUCCUUCUUCACUCAAUUCUCAUUCCAAUAAUCAGCCCCAACAAUCCAAUCAAACCCUUGCCGAUGCCUUCGUUCAACAGGGCAACAACCUUGCCGAGGAUGGUAAAUACCGCGAAGCACUUGGAAAAUGGGAGGCUGCUAUUACUUUGAUGCCCGAAAAGGCUAUUUUGCAUGAACAGAAGGCUCAAGUAUUACUUGAAGUCGGAGAAUCUUGGGGUGCUUUGAAGGCAGCUACUCUGAUUUUUUUUUGCUUUGCAGGAGCCACUGAGUUGGAUCCAUCGUGGGCUGAGGCUUGGAUAACACUUGGUAGAGCACAGCUAAAUUUUGGGGAGCCCGACAGUGCAAUGGAAAGCUUUGACAAAGCUUUGGCUAUUAAGCCUGAAUUAGCUGAGGCACAAGAGGAUAGACAAACUGCUAUGCAGCUCAUGAAGAAGAGAAAGCAUCUUCAUACAUCGGGUCUAAGCACCAAUAGCUCUCGCUUUGCCGUUGGUGAUGAAGUCCAAACUGAGUCAGUUGUUGAGCAAGAAACCUGAGUCAUGACUCAUGAGACAUUGAAGAAGAGAGGAGUGUCAUACCAGAGUUACGUCAGCUUGUUUAUUUGCUGUAGUAGAUAACUCUGGUUGUACAGGAGUAUAUGACAAGAGCUUAAGUAUAGGGGUACAACAGUACGACUGUACGAGAGAUUCCGUGUCAUACUUAUAGGAUGUACAUUGAGAUGAUAUGCAACAAACGCCAUCUCUUCGUGUAGUUCUUGAUAGUGAAUUUGGUAGUUUCUGAUGCAUGUUUCUGUGGGUGAUGUUGACAACAAUCUUCUGAUCAAAGCCAAUGUGGUGUAUACUCUAAUUUACUUAGGUUGAUUACGAUCAUAAACGGAGCUAGAGUUGCGCUGUGGAUUAGUUUCUCCAAUUGCGAAAUAUUGCUUUCACUUCUAAAAAGGGGGUUAAAUUUUACCUUUUAUCGUCAUUUGACUGUUUUGAAA